AUGGUCCUCUGGAUCAAGCUCGGCUUUCUUGCCAUCAAGCAGGUAGCGAAGCCCGUCGCCGCGCGCAUCAAGGCUUCGGCGCGCACAUCUGACACCUUCAGAAAGCUUAUACUCGCGGUUGGGCAGCGGCUACACCGCAAUACGCUGCAGUUGGACCGCAUUGCCGAGGGCAAGGGCGUCGAGUACUAUAUGUCUCAGAAGUCGAGCGCGAAAAAGGCGGCUGCAGAGGCGGAGGCGACACGGCUCCACGACGAGAAGGAGGCGCGAGAGUUCCGGCGGCUGGACGCUCGCGUGACGGAGCUGUCGGAGUCGGAGCGGGACACGCGCCAGUCAUCGUGGUUCGCCUUUGCUGGCCGAUAG